UCACCGGAAGUAGUAUGAGAGCUGGGCGACCCACGUGUGCUGCUCUCCGGUACUGAAGGUUAAACCGUAAGCGCAGCCGCUGGUCUUCAGUUAAACGGAGCUCACGGUGGGGGAGAAACUGAAGACGAAAGGCGGCCGACAUGGACCCCAUGAAAGCACAGCAGCUGGCGGCGGAGCUGGAGGUGGAGAUGAUGGCAGACAUGUACAACCGCAUGACAAAUGCCUGUCACAGAAAAUGUGUUCCCCCUCACUACAAGGAAGCAGAACUGUCAAAAGGUGAGGCGGUGUGUCUGGACCGCUGUGUAGCCAAGUACCUGGACUUGCAUGAGAGACUGGGCCGCAAACUCACUGAGCUCUCAGUACAGGACGAGGAGAUGAUGAGGAAAGCAGCAGCCGGGACUGGAUAAACCCCAAAUGGACUCCUAAAGAGCAGCAAAGGGCUUGGGGUAGACUGGUUUUGGGCCUGGGGGGAAAAAGUGGGUUAUUAUGGCAUCCAAGCAGGGGAACGGAGUAUGAUUAUGGAUAUGUGAAGACUUUGCCGCUGCACCUCAUCAGUAUUGCGUUAAAUCUCUCUGCAGAACUUGAAGAGGUGGUGGAACCUGAUGUAUUUGACUGAUAUUGGAGUCGUUACGGGGCCCAAAAAAGACUGCAUUCCAUUAAUUACACAGAAGGCAGUCUUUUUUGAAUGUGGUAGAUUGGAAAAGUUGUGACAUUAUUGUUGAUGUUCAUACUUAAAAAUUAGGUUUCAUGUUUUGUCUAGAAGCCAAGAUGUGUGUGGGCCAUGUUCCAUAUGGGGGAUAGAUGUUGUCUUUGACUGGUUUUUCCAUUGCUAGUCAGCUGGACUUUUUAUUUGUUUGUCUUUUUAUAUUUUGUUUACUCAAAAUGUGCAUACUGACAAACUGUUCAAACAUUGUGCAAAGUUUUGUUGUAUUCAUGUCAUUCUGGAAAACACCUUUGUUGCACAGCUUAACAACGUAAUUAAAUCUGUUCUACUGUGUACA